CGAAUAUUUUAUUUGGAAGGGAAAGCCAUGUGACUUCCUUUGCGGGCUUAACGCACUGUAACUUGACGUAGCGGGUGUCGUCUAGUGCGUCAGGAGCAGACAGAUGCCAGAGCAUCAUUAUCAUCAUCACGGGGCUCCCUUCCCGCCCGGACCACAGCGUCGACCACACUCGUAGCUCCCCCCAGCGCGCCUUGUCAGUCCGAUUCGGAUCGACGUGGGCUUCGGCUGCAUCCAUUGGUCCCGAGGUGAGAGGAGUGAGGGGCGGCCAGGGCGUGGAGGGGGAGGGGCUUGUGUAGCUGUCCACCGCCGGUUCGUCUCAGUCCGGUCCGGGUAUGUGUCACCUGAAUGCUCUGGGGCCCCCCCUCAGCGGGCCUGACAAUAUGAGCGUGACGUCAUGGUUCCUGGUCAGCAGCUCUGGCAGUCGCCACCGACUUCCCAAGGAGAUGAUCUUUGUGGGCCGGGAGGACUGCGAGCUGAUGCUGCAGUCUCGCAGCGUGGACAAACAGCACGCCGUCAUCAACUACAACGCCACGACGGAUGAGCACCUGGUCAAGGACUUGGGCAGCUUGAAUGGGACGUUUGUCAACGACCUGAGGAUUCCCGAUCAGACGUACAUGACGCUCAAAGUCUCCGACAUCAUCCGCUUCGGAUAUGAUUCUCACGUCUACCUUCUGGAAAAGAGUCAACACAAAGUCCCCGAAGAAGCUCUCAAGCAUGAGAAGUACACCAGCCAGCUACAGAUGAGCCUCAAGAGGGCGGAGCUGGAGGAAGACACCAAGGUGGAGAAGAACCCGACUACCAAGAGUCUGACACAGGAGGCUCCGGCUCCCCGGCCCACGCCCCUCUACGGGCAGCCGUCGUGGUGGGGAGAGGAGGAUUAUGGGAGUCCAUCUGAGAGCAGAGACGAACCUCAUCCAGGUAAAGUCCUAGAACCUUCGAGAACUGUGAGCUCAGCUGAAAUCCUAACUUUGUGGUCAGAGAUGCAGAAAGAAUCCUCCUCCGUGGAUUUUCCCGGAAGUCUCUCGGAUCCCCAAAGCAAGACCCUUAUCCCAUCAUAUCAGCGCGAGGCCAGCUACUUCGAGAUCCCCACUAAGGACUUGCAACUUCCCAAGGCCGUCGAGGCGGAGCUGCAAGAAAUCCCCACCAAGGACACAGACACGCCCCCUGCUCCGCCUCCCAGCGAAACACCGCCUGUGGUUCAGAGCCACGCCUCCUUCACCAUCGAGUUUGAUGACUGCAGUCCCGGCAAGAUUAAGAUCAAAGAUCAUGUGACUAAGUUCUCCUCCCGCCAGAGGAAGAAUUUGCCCCCCACGAAGAUGCGGCCCACAACCGCCACACCCGCAGAUGUGAUGUCAUCGGAGAGCAAGGUGGCGGAUUGGCUGGUGCACAGCGACGUCAGCAUGAUGAGACGGCGCCCGACGUGCGACGACGUUUACAGCACCAAGAGCGACCUCGCCAUGAACAUCAAGAUGCUCAAAGGUCAUCACCAUGACGAUGGAACUCAGAGUGACUCGGAGGACCCGGUGCUCAAAGGACGUAGGAGUAAGUCCCAGCACUCCGUUGACUCUCGCUACUGCGUCCAACUUGAGGCAUCCCCGGCGCCCCCCAUGAUGCUGGAGCAACCACUGUGCCCCAGCCCCCCUCAGCCCCGAUCCCCUGCCACAGACCCUCCAAAGCCCCCCGAGCACCUCAGCCAGCAGGCCUUCAUCAUCGAGUUCUUUGACGACAACCCACGCAAGAAACGCUCGCAGUCUUUCACUCACAACCCCGCCCACACGGACUCUUACUCCACCCUGAAGGCCAAGCUGGAGCGGCGCAAAGGUGGCGAGAGGCCGGCGUCAGUGCACGGCCACGUGCCCCCUACCCAGCAGGCCUCGGCCCCCUUCAAGGGUCACGCCCACGCAGGGCCCCAGAGAUCGAGCUCUCUGAAGAGGGAAAAGGGAGAGACGGAGUCAGCUUCAUCUAGCUCCACCUCGCGCUGUACGUCGGCCAUCUUUGUUCGACCUUUCGGCAGCGUUGGGAAGAAGUCAACGCUUGCUCAGGAGUUUGCUGUGGAAUUGUUGAAGGAUGCUUGUCAACAGGACUCCUACCUUGCCGGGGACAUUAUCUCGCCUCCGCCCAUGUCUGCACCACCGGUGAUGGUGACGCCUCCUCUUCCUCCUUCACCAAAAGAACCUUCAGCCACGGCCAAAGUGGCCAACGUCGCCCACCCCGCUCUGCCUCCGGCAUUCAUGAAAGCCUCCCUCGCCUCCGACAGUCUCAACCGGAUCGGCCCUCCCCGGCCUUCCUCAGGCUCCGUGCUUCUGCCCCUGGGAGGUCCAGGGGGAGACCCCAAAGGGUAUCAGAGGUCGUCGAGGAACGAAGAGGAUGACAGCGUAAGUGAGGCUGGCACGUACACUAUCGACACCGACGGCCAAGACCAGGAGGUGGAAGAAGCUCGCAACAUGAUAGACCAGGUGUUUGGUGUCCUCGACUCGCCCGAGUAUGCCGGGCUGACCCCGGGAACUUUCAGACCUGUGAUAGAUGAAGACCAGGAUGAGCAUGCUAACAUUGCUAGCCAUGCUAGCGCUGCAGAAAUGUUGCAUGACUUGAGUGCCCCUCCAAUGUGCCCUUUACAGGUUCCCCCUGCUGGUCUGGAAGGACCAAAGUGGGUUUCCCGUUGGGCUAGUCUAGCAGAUGGUUAUGUUCAACCUGCUUCCACACCUCCUCAAAGUCAAGAAGACUUGCAGACCCUCAGCCAGCAAGUGGAAGGUUGCAGCUUGGAGAACCUGGAGUCCUCGGAGUCCAACCGCGGCUCUCGGACGAGAAGGCGACUGCCUCAAGUUCCCCCCGAAAAGUUAGAUGGUGCUAUCCCCAACCUCCUUAUUCGUCGAGAUGGGGACCAUAUGGACAGAGGUCCUCAGGGUAACUUGUCUGUCCAGGAUGAAGUGGAUCCCGACAGUCUGAGUGAUGCCAGUCGCUCCGAGGAUGCACCCGUUUCAAAGCAAACAAACAAGGAUCAAGCUAGGUUCAGUUCUUGCACGGGUCAAGAGAAAUUGUCGUCAUCCACAAAAUCCACCAUCUUCUAUAUCGGUUCUGGAGAAAUUCCAACCAAACCCGACCCAGCCAGAUUCCCAGUGCAGUUUGAGAGGCCCCCAGACCCCCACAUGAAAAGUCCCCCAACCACCAUACUGAUCCGACACCUGAGCAGCCAUGAAGGCCAAAGGGGGGGCAUCAAACCAAACAGCUCUGCACCAAACCUCCAAACACAGGACAAGGAUUGUGUUCCCACAAAGGAGUUGUUGUCCCUCGUACGUCAGGAGAGUUUCACCAAAGAUGGGCCGACUGACAACGUCUGCAUCAAGAAACUUCCACACAUUUCCAGUCACCCGUCCAUCAGAGACAUGGAACAGAGGAAGUUCACGGACAUGGAGUCCUUCCUUCAGGAGACAAAAUCUCCUGGCUCUGGGCAGAGCUCCAAGAAAGGCGGCUCGUCCAGCCACAUGGACGAUUCGCUUUCUGGCGAGUCCGAUGUGGACACGGCGAGCACUGUGAGCCAGGUGAGUAGCAAAAACGCUUCUGCCAGUUCAGCUUUGAAAAAACGUCCCAAGACCAAUGACCAAAAACAGACGACGUCCUCAAGUCAGGAAAAGGGACGGAAGCUCACCGCCCGUGAGCGACUUUCAGAGAAACGGCGAAACCAGACGGCCGUGAAUGCGACCAACAAGGCGGAAGCAGCAAAACGCUUGCAGAUGCGCCGCAGUUCUGGAAACCGUGGAUCUCUAGAUCUGUCUGAGAGCCAGCAAGCUUCUGACCAGGAAAUCCAAACACCUAGUCGGAGUAAAAAGCUCAUCUACCCACUUCAAAAAGAGGACAUUGGAAAAAUGUCCAAAACAGGAAAUGUGCAGGUUCUAACUCGCUCCAACAGCCUGUCCGCACCGCGUCCCACUCGAGCGUCAAUGUUGCGUCGAGCGCGCCUGGGAGAGGCCUCAGACAAUGAAGGUGCGGAGACUGACAGGGCCUCUCAAAGUUCUGACCAUGUUGCUGCUGCACCAAAAACAUCCCAGGAGGUGAAAAAACUGUCCAGGCUGGACAUUUUGGCGCUUCCGAGGAAGAGGACGGGUUCUUUUACGGCUCCCAGCAGCAAUGAGACCUCCUCCACAAGCCGGUCUGGUUUCUCUGGUCGGAGCACCGACGUGACUCUAACCACCAGGAAGUCCUCAGCAGGCGACACCCGCCAGACUGCGAGCAAAGUGGGAGUUCCGGGGAAAAACUCAUCGAACCGCUCAAGCGGAACCAAGUACCCCAACAGUGGGGUCCAUUCCAACUUCUCCUCUUCAUCUGAGGAAGACUACAAGAGCAGCGGUACAUCUCUGAAAACUAAACGCCCCACGCAGACGCCUCGGACCAGCAGGACAGCCACAGGCCGCUCCAAGUCUGUCUCCCUGGAGACGGAGGAGGAUGAGGACCGGAGCGACCCGUACCAGAACUGGUCCACACACAGUGCGGAGAUUGCCAAGCUCAGUCACGACCUGGCCAAGGACUUGGCCAUUUUGGCCAAAGAAAUCCACGAUGUAGCCGGCGAUGGAGACCCAAACGGUGCCUCUGGGGACAUGACGCCUGCGUCGCCCGGCUCACGUCCUGACACGUCAGCCAUGUCUGCCAGAGAGGAGCUGGUCCAACUCAUUCCAGAGGCCGCUUUAAACUUCCAGAAGGUUCCAACGGGUUCUGCUCCCGUCCCGGAACUGGACGCAAACAUGAAUGAGGCCACACAGAGUUUGAGUCCGCUGUCACAACUGUCGCAUGCCAUCCGGGACAACACCGAGCAACUGGCCGCCAAAAUCAAGGUGGUCUUCCACAACAAAGCGGACGUGUUGGAGGAGAUGGACAAGAAGAUGGAUGCUGACAAGGAAGUUCCUGUCCUGAAAGGCUCCAAUCAGGAGAUCACAUCCAUCGUGACAGAACUCAGAAGAGUCCAAAGGCAGCUGGAAGUCAUCAACUGGGUCGUGGAUCCGGCCGGGAGUCUUCAGUCCCUCAGUCAAAGUCCUCGGAUGUCCUCGAAGGAAAAAAAAGCUGCCAGCAAACAAAAUGGCGUCUCUCAGAAAGCAACACGUCACAUGCCGUGAGAAGUUCCCAAUAUUGUGCACAUGCUAACUCUCACAAAUAGAUCAGUAUGCUAAUUAGUUGAUAGAAAACACAGCACAGGGUUUGACGUGCAUGGGCCGGAGCCCUUUGCUGUGUGACAAUGUAUGCUGAUGACACUUGAGCUUUUAUUGUGAAAACCACGUGAGCAAGUUGUAGUUAUGUGACGCUUGGUGCUCAGACCAUGUGGCGUUAUAUUUUAUGAAUGUUUAUGAUGAAGAGAUGCCUCUUCGUCUCGUGGCUUCACUUCUUCACAUCCGUAGUUGGAAAAAUGUUUGGAAAAAAGCUGAUUGGCUGAAGGUCAAACGCCUCACAGCGGUCACAAAACGAGGAGCGUUCAGAUGUACUGAUGACAUCUGAAGCGGCACAGGAAAAGAUCAUUUUGUCUGCUUGUCAUCUCAUGAUUGCUAUGGCAGCAUCCCGCUUAUAAACCACGCCCUCUAGCUGCUGAUUGGUGUUCGAUGACCUGAAGGCUGUUACCUUUGAAUGAAAUAAGAAUGUUAAUUUCUAAUAAAACAAGAUUUAAUGUG